UUUUGUUUUUCAUGCAAUUUGAGUUCGUUUGCAUCCCGAUUUCAACAAUCACGCAUUCGGGCAUGGCGUAAAUUUUUCGGGGCAAGAAGGUCACCGCCCCCUCAGCCCCCUCCACCCCCGCCAAGUCCGAAGGUGCCCGUACGCAUAUGUCUCGAGCAUAAAGAAAAUGAGCUUUGUAGAAAAUGAGGGCCGAAUAACUUUACAAGAUUCGCUUUCGUUUGUCUCAACUUUCUUUUCCUUCCAGUUUUCAUCCUUUUCCGAAGCGGCUUAUGUCCCGACGUUUCUGAGGAUUGAAUAGCAUGACAGAGUUGAGGGCGAAAAUCAAUACCAGAUAAUUUUUCACGGGUAGUCUGAGACAUCGUUAAUGAUGUGCUUCUCAAUUGUUAUAGUUGCGGUUUUUGAAGAUUCUAGCUACCUUUCAGUACAACAGACGUUCUUUUCGUUUUUCAUGGCAGUCAAGAGAACUCUUGAAGACAAUAUGGAGCAGCCUGUCAGAAUCUUUACCAAAACAAACACAAGCACUGCUUGCAGAUAAACAGAACGAGUGCUGGUGGAAUAUGAUUUCAGAAGACAUAUAAAGAAAGAAAAUAACAUAUGGUGUAGUUUGUGAUGGUCAGAAGUUUAACUGGAUUAUUCUGAAAAGUGAUAGAAUUUUAAAAAUGUUUUUCAAGAGCAUCUGAAAUAAAAGAGCAAAAGUAUAAAGAGUAACAAGAACAAAAUUGAAAAAGAAAGAAAACAAAAACGAAAGAAACGAUAUGACUGCAAGUAAAGUUGGGUUGUACACUACAAAACAAAAGACAAAAGGAAGGCUAGCAGCCAAAGUAUGAGGUGAAAUAAUUUGAAAUGUUCAUGGCCUUUAGAAGACUACCACCCAUCGUAAAGCUCCGAAAGAAACGACUCUCUGAUCUGAUCUCGGGCUGAUCCAGCUUUUUAAUCUGUUUACAUUUUUCUAAUGAACCCCCGAAAUUACGAGCGAGGUCCGGCGUUUCUUUCGGAAAGUCGUUUGUUUCCUACUAGUAAGAGUCGUUACUUUCGGGAUUUGUUUCGGGAGAUAGUUCUACUUGUCCAAAUGUUGCCCAUUAAAACAUUUCAGUCUCAAGUGUAAUUUCCAUAGUGCUAGCCUUACAGUUUUCAUUUUCCGCCCGUGUCUCUGGGGGAUUAGGACGAGAAGUCGUCUGACUAGAGUUGCUGUAUUGUGUUAUAACAUGUCUUGAUUUGCAUAUAUUGGGUUCAUUCAUCUAUGCUGCCAUGACCGGAAACAAAGUCGCUUUAUGGUGCUGUUCCAAACAAACGUAAUACUCUAUUAAGAAAGAUUAAACAAGAUGAAGAUGAAACAUAUGAAGGAAUAUGUUUGGUUUGCGAAUAUCCCGGCAUGGACUUACAACUUCUAUAAUUGGGAUAAUGGUGUAAGUUGAAUUUACCAUGGUUGCAUUAGUUUGUGAAUAAAACCGGAAAGUGGAAUGUAAAUGAAAAAACCUCCAUUCAGAGGGAAUUGAUUUGUAAUUAAAUGUUAUUGUUUAUGAGCAACUGACUGUUGUCGUGGAGAACAAAGGUUGCGGUUUUUUCCUGUUUUAUUACAGCCACUUCACACAACAUUUGUGCCCGACAGGUUACCUACUUUUCGACUAUUCAAUCUGUUCGUUUGAUUUUGCCCCUCAAAAUCCGCACAUUUUCAAUGCAAUAAUGCAAGCGAUACAUAAAGCACCAAAGACAGCGUUAUUUGAAAGUAGGAAAUGGCACAAUUAUCACUUUAAUUAAUGACACAGCACUUGAAACGUCGUAAUCUAAUAUUCAUAAUGUGUCUUCACGUUGUCAGAGCGAAAUAAUUCAGUCAUAAACUGCAUUACUUUUUGGGCCAUGAACUGCGAUAACUGUUCUUCAAAGAAGAAAUUGCUUAUUAAACUGCAAUCAUAUCCAGCUCUAAGGUAAAGGUUUUGGGAAUGACAUUGCUCCAUGUAGCACUGAUGUAAUAUUCAUAGGAAGGGAGAGUCCCUUGCCCUGCCUCACUAAAACUUCCUGUCAUACAAUGACAGGCAAACCGCAGAGUCUGAUUUUGAACCAUGACUCAUUCAUCGAGUCUUAAAUAGUUCGUUGUAUGACAACAGCCGGGCAGGUGCACGCCGGAGUGUUCUCUCGCUGUGAUAAACUCCAAGAGAAGGACAUUACACUGAUCUUUACAGCUCAUUACUUUGGACGUCAGCCAGAUUCAUCUAGAAUAAACUCGAGCUUGGCUAACCUCCCCUUCAUGCCGAUCGUCUGUAAACUCUUACUUUUAAUAGAGUUGAUCUAGCUUGGUUUGCCUGUUUUGCCUUCGAUAGGAGCUGCCUGCAAGACCGUGUCAUGGCGGGGCUGCCUAACAGACCUCCGUCAGUGUGUGUUUUGUCACCACAAGAACUAUCUUACGCGAAAGUUGAUUUUGGUAAAAUUCACAUCCCCGCUAAUGCGCUGAUUAUUGCCGAACACGAGCAAAUAUUCCUAACAGUGGCGAGCAUGUUAAAAGAGCUGAAAGCAGUACUCAUUGGGGAUGCUGGUUAUGUUUACACUGGGAAAAUAGGCUGCCGGCUUGUUUUCUUACUCAAAUGUCGCGAUCGUGGGCCAGGAGCAGUAAUUCAGACCAUAAAGACGCUAAAACCAAGGGCUGGCAUCUUCCUUGGGUUUGGUAAAUCUCUUGCGAGUAGGCCUUAUGAAAUCGGCGACGUGAUUAUCACAGAUGCGGUUUUACGAAAAGAUUGCCAACAAGGAAAACUUGAAAGUUACGCCUGCAGUGAAUGCUUGGUCAAUGUGUUUGAGAACGGCAAGUAUGGCUGGGUCCUUCCAAAGUACCGCAAACAAGCUGUCCAUGUUGGCAAAGUUCUUCAGAUGGGAAAUGUAACAAAAAAUGAAAAAACCAAGGCAGUAGCUGUAAAAACUACCAGCUUGGAUGUACCCGAAUGCAGUAAAGACCUUGGCAGAAAAUGGAUUUCAAUCGUAGGCGUCCUUGGUACCCCGCGUUACCAUGGCGACUCUUCUUGGGAACCCUAUGUAGCAGCAGUCCUGAGUUCACUCGUCAAUCAAGUCCUGCAAGACGAUCAAGUAUUUGCUAUCAUGGGAGGAGAGGCUAGGGGACCCAGGCAACAUAGUCCUGUCUUGAAUAACCCAAUGCAAGAGACAAUGGAUUGCUCAAUGAAGAUGGACGAAUAUAGUUCUCUAUAUGGAUACCCAUCUUCAGUGUCCGACAUUAGUCGAGAGAGGGUCCGGAGACAGGCAGAGUUGUACUGGGAACAAGUUAAAGAUGCCCUUCAUGAGGGAGUCUUCCAUCUCUCACAUCAGCCCAACCCACAGGCCCUGAAUCCGGAUGACUUCAGUAUUAUUCCAUUGGCUAAAUCCCCAGUGGAACACUGUGACGGAAAAGCCCACAAGAAAACACUGGGUCAGCAGCAGUCUGUUGAAAAAGGAAAUCAACAGAUACCAUCACAUCGUUUAGCUCUACCACCCGUCCCCUCCAACAAAACAGGAAAUGCUGAGGUGGGAAAGAGAAAGAAAUCUCCACCAUCCGCAGGCAACAUGCGGUCAUUUUGUCCGACUGUAAGCUCCAGUAUGGCUGUUACCAUGGGGGCGGCUCUUUUGCCCUUGGGGGCCACCCUACAGAGUCAAGGUAGCUGCUAUGAAAUCAUCAGAAUCAGGGCCGAGCAGAGAACCGCAUCAGUCCGCGGCAACGGAAUGUAUGCAAGCGUCCUUCCUCCUAUAGCUCGAGGAAAGAACCAGUACAACACUAUGUGACUCACAGAGUUUUGCUUUAGUACAGUUUUGAUAGUACGUAGAAAGGCGGGAUACUUGACGUUGCUGUAAUUAGCACACUUUUUUUUGUGUGAGAUGUUGUUUUAUUAGACCUGACCUGUACAAGCUUUAGUUUUGCCACUAUUAUUUGUAUACUAUUCGGUUAAGGACAAACCUCUACACUUACACCUACUAGCUAAACAGUAAACAUAGUGUCUAUUAUAGGGGGUUGUAUAAUUCGCAAACCACCAUAUUUUGUUCUCUGGAAACCGUAGACCCCUUUCGUUUUCUCCGAAAAUCCCAAACCGCCCUACUAGUAGGACGGUUAUUAUCACAACCGAUCUUUAGUAGAUUAGUGCGUAACAAAUUUUUAUGAUAUUUUAGCUUAAUAAUCGUAUAUCUCCUCGCAAAGACCAUGAGAUCUCAAGAACAGAACAAAUUGUUUCUACCUUCAUCCAGUGGCCAGCGAACAGAAAGUUUUUAAACCGAAAACCGCGAGCUAAAUUUAUGAUUUCCCUCAACCGCACAAUAUUUUCUUGACCGUAAUGUAAACCCCCAGAUAAAUGUGAAUGUACCCGCAAGCCGGCACUCAAAAUCUUAAACCGCCAAAACCGCCAAACCGCCAUGGGAAUAUUACAGUGCGUUUUCUGAAAGACAAUGAAAACCGAUCAGAUGGCAGAACUGAAACAAUAGAAUCCAACAUUUUCAAAUCCAGCCAAUCAAAUGUCGGGUACGAAACAAUAAAAUCUUAACUUAUCCGAUGUGAUACUCGCUUCUACGGUUUUCUGUUAAUAAAUUGUCAAGCUCAAACCGUUAGAAAUUUCGCGUUAGAAAAUAUUGUGUUACUUUACUUUAGAUUUUACAUCUACAACCGUGAUAAACUCAUUAGAUUGACCGUUUUCCACUGUGAACAGACGGCCACAUAAAAUAUCAUCUUUACGGUUACAUUUAAAAUCGUACAAUAAUAAAUUUGGACAUUUUUUACAAAAUA